AUGAGUAAUGUUCUGGAUAUCAUCAAAGUCGACCUCCUGGACAUGAGCCUGUUCCUGGACAUGACUGUGAUCAUGAGCUGGAGUGAUCCGAGCGUGAGGUACAAGAACCUCCGGAGAAACAGAAACGUAAAUCAGAUAUACCAUUCACGGGGAAAUGCUCCGGUCUGGACUCCCAUGGUCACGGUAGAGCCAGGGAAGGGUUUCCCAGUGCAGAAGGUCCUUUCUGUACGGAAAAAAUACCAAUGGAACAAUAGAACAGGAUGGUGUGUAUUCGGUCCAGCGAUGAACACAGAUUCAUAUGUAAUGUAUGAAGGCAAGGAUAAUCCACUGGAAUUGAAGAUUAAAAUGCAGCCCAAAGUAAGGUGCAUUUUCAAACUCCACUCCUUCCCCUGGGACACCCAACGUUGUUCUCUCGACCUUGUGUUCUCCAAUACCAUCUGGAGAACCACGAAUACCUCGGAGACUUCAGAAGCAAAGAUCAGAAACCAGGCUGGAGGGAUACGCGACGGGCGCAGUACGUGUGGGACAGCUAUCUCCCCCACGUUGCUCCUUAUGGCCCUCGGCUAUGGCACUCUCUUCCUCCCCGUCGAGCCCUUCAACGACCGUGGCACCCUGAGCCUGACCACCCUCCUCGUCCUGGUGGCACUCUACACGGACUCCGGGACCGCGCUGCCCACCACGACCUACAACACGCUCAUGGAUACAUGGUACAUAUUCUCCAUGGCCUUUCUAGCUCUCAUUGUGGCCACGCACUUGUUCAUCAGCGCGUCCAGGUGUAGUGUGCAGGUUCACGGUCGACCUCUUGCGAGCUUCGAUGCCCAAGCCAAAGCCUGGAUGCCACAGAGCCCCGACUAA